UGCUAUUCAAGAUGGCGUCGGCUUUUCUAAUUGUUAUUUCGAAGACGAAAUAAAUGCUAAAAUCUCAUGAUGAGAAGUGACGUUAUAGGGCGAUAUCAACUUUACAAUGGACUUGGGUGAAAAUGAUGCCUUUGGGCACCAAAAGGUUUUGCAAAAUUUGUCACAGUCGGCUUAAGUUCUACCAGAUCAACUUCAACGAAGCUAUCCAGUUGUGUGAGAACAAGGCUUGUUGCUUUCCCCUGGAGUCCUCUACAGGAAGUAUCAGUAUACAGCCCCGAGACUUUUCCCAUGUGCCAGUCCUGAAGAGGAAGUCCUCUUCAACCAGGAGUGUCAAGUCAUCCUUCUCUACGCCCUUUGGGACUCCAACUGUUCUCUCUCCUACUUUCUCCCUGCCCACCUGUGGACCGUGGACAUUGCCAGAAUUGGGACCGGGGAGUGUUGAGUUUCCCUACGUUGAUGCAACACGUGGAAGCAGUGCCACCCCUGUGAAAGCAGCAGCUUCCUGUUUAGAUGGGAACAAAGAAGAACUUGACCUUGAAGGGUUGCUGAAUAGUGGUGCUUUUGAUGAACCUGUGAAAUUUGAUAACAGUUCGUGCAUUGUGAAAGACUUCAAAGAACCUCUCCCAUUAAAAACACAAAAUCCUCCUACUGUAGCUGUGAACAAUGGACUUAACUCAAACUGUAGUGAUUUCACUGAAAAAUAUGUCUCCAGAUCUUCAAAGUGUGUAUCCAGGAAUCCAUUUGAUGAACUCAUAGUCGAUUUUGAUGAAAAUACCAGUGUGUUUCCUCUUGACACUGAAUUGACAGUUGGUUGGGCUACAGAUGUCUCAAAUGGAUUUGGUUUGCAGGAGUUAACAAAUGGUUUGAGCUUCCAUCAGGAAAAUGCUAAUAUAUCAGAUAAGCAGCUGAAUUGUGCCAGUGACAACAAAUUUAAUAGUUUUCAUGAAUCCGAGAAUUCACUGGAUGCUGAAGUGAGAAGCAUAUUUGAAUCUAGUAAAUUGAUAUUUGAGAAAAACAAUCUGUGGAGUUGUUUCUCAAAAGACAAAAUGAUGGCUCCCAUUAAGGAUGAUGAUACAGGUGUAAAUGAGGCAAAGCAAGAGUCAGUUGGUGAAGACACUACAAAUGAGGGUACAGUCCAAGAAGGUUCCUGUAAUAUUCCAGGUGAAAAUGUGACCUGUGAACCUGGAAUCCUGACUGGCAGUGCUGGUGCGUUAGAGAGCACAUGUGAGUCGGGGAAGGAGGAACUCACUCCAGGCUGCGUUAGUAAUGGUGAGAACAAUCUACAAAGUAACAUUGAGAGCCAGAAUCCUGUUGAGGAUGUAGAUGAGAUUAUGGAACCUGCUCCAGCUCAGAGUGUGGACAGUCAGAGUGAAGUUCUAACAAUGAACACUGUAGGGGAGGACACUCAGCCAGUGUCUGUGUCAGGGGUCCAGGUAACAGACCAACCACCAGCAGAGCUUAUGGAAUAUCAGGACCAAGAAGACAUUCCUGAGAAUAUACGCAAUGACAAUCUAGAACAGGGGUUUGUUCUGACAGAGAGCCAAGGUGAACAGCAUUCUCCUGUAGCCCAGGAACUGACAAGCCAAGAGGCUUUGAUGCAUGUGGAUAAUUCAGAAGAAAACCCAGAUAUAGAUGAGUUUGGCACAUCAAGUGUUCAACAAUUGGAGACUGUCCAAAUCGUGCCUGAAGCAUUUUCUGUACAAAUGGACACAGUUAUCCAAGAUCAUGAAGGUGGUCACUCUGUAACAGAUUUUCAUGGAGAGACAGAAAUAGUUGCUGCUGCUUUGGAUGAUGCUAACAGUGCAGAUGCCACAGGAGAAGGUAUUCAGGUUGCUGGUGAACCAUUCAGUGACAACUCGCAAGGUGCUUCUGAAGUCAAGGAGGACUCAAGAGAUGACCAAAUACAGGGUGAAUCAACGGAGUCCCAAACAGUUGUUGCAGAAGCAGUGGACACAAUUGUUAAGGAGACAACUGUGGAUCAGUUUGAAAUGCAAGUUGUUCCUGAAACAGAAGAGGGCAUAGUUUUAGAGGAACCAUGUCAUGCAGCCGAUAAUUCUGAUGUACUGUGUGAGCAGGUGGAGCUUUCAUCUACAGUGAUCAGUGAACAGGGUGGUGUAGAUACAGCUGAGGAGGAAGUUACUGAAGCUGCUCUAGGGGAUCAUGAUACAGCUGUGGCUACUGUUAACGCCACCAAUGUGGAGUUUGAAACAGCAAUAACAGAUGUACCAAAUCAUUAUGAAGAGGUAGAACCUGGACAAGAUGAUUGUGUCAGUGCACCUGUUGACGAUGUUCAGAGAAGUGUUGAAACUGUACAACUCACCACCGCUAUAGUCUCUGCAGCUGAUACUGUUGAAUGUGAGGGUGAAGUGACAUCAGCCACACAUACAGUUGUCAGUAAUGUUGAGUUGUCUCAAUCUGAUGUUUGUGAUGGAAGUCAGAUUGUGGAUGCUGGACAAUUGGUGGGCAUGAUUCAGAAUGAGACUGAUUUGGUUGCAGGUGAAACUGUUGUUGGUACUGAGGAAAACAUGUUGAUACAAACAUGUGAGACAUUCAUACCAGCUGGUGAAAAUUUGGAAUCUGAAAGAGACAUUGAAGGCACAACAAAUUCCGAUAUACCAACUGUGGGUGUUCAGACUGUAGAGAUACCAUGUGAACAAACCAUAGUAGCUUGUGAAGAAGAAGUAGCUAUUAAUCACACAGUCAUUGAGUCAGGCAGCACAGAAGCUAUCCAGGAUCACCAUGCAGAUAUUCGGGAUGGGGCUGGUGCUGUUUCACCCUCAUCAGUUUCAGUGGCUCAAGGUAUGAGUGUCAUUACUGGGAACAUGGAAGAGUCUGGUGUGACUGGGAUAGCUCCUCAGACAUUUGAAUAUUCAACAAUUGGUCAGAUUUCAGAAACUAUUGUUGAUGCUCAGCCCUUUCAAACGAUAGAAAAUGUGCCUAUUUUAGAACAUGAGGUGUCUGAGGCAUCCAGAUCACUUAUAGCAACAGAAAUGUUGGCUGCAGGUGAGAUGCAGCAGCCUAUUGAAAGCUUUAUGGAAGAGACUGUGGAGAGUGUUCCAGGUCAGGAACCUGCCGAGGUGAUGUCUGAAACGGCUCCUCUCUUGGAACAUGAUCAGAUGACACAGGUUGUUGUGAACAAUGCUGGCAUGGAAGUUGCUCACCAUCAAGAUUUACAGCUUGAAGAAUUUGUAGUUCCUGUGUCAGAACUUACAGGAUCUGCAGGUGGAGUAGUUGAGAAUCAGGUGGUGAGUGUUCCACUUGAGCUUGUAUCAUCAGAGAUACAAGGUGCUGAGUCAGAGGUUCCUAUUUCUUAUACCGAGACAUUGAUGGGUGUCCACCAUGUUGUUGUCGCUCAAAGUGAAGCAUUAUACUCUCAGGAGGGCUCUGAGGAGACCAUGGAUGUUCAUCAAGUCGGCCUCCCUAGUCAAAGUCAAGGCAUGUCUGAAGACAUGAUACUGAUGAACAAACAACAUUUAGUUGAAACAAGUGUCCACACUGUUCAGCCAAACACUAUUAUAAAUAUGCCAGUUUCCAACCAAAGUGGUAUUUUUACACUAGCAUCUCAGACAAUGCCAAAUGUUAUUUCAUGUCCAGUAAUAUCGACAUCUGUUCAAGAACAGCCAUCUUCCCAUCAGAGCAGUGUAUCUCAAGUGACGUCAACAGAAGCUCAGACAUCACAGAAGAUACCAAUCUUAGUCAGUGAAUCCUCCUUAACAACUUUGCCUGGCUCAAUAGCUAUGACUUCUCCAUGUUCUGAAGGACAAGACUCUGUCUCAACUACAGCUGCCACUGUUACACAGCAGGACAACACUACCCAGGGAGUUGUCAGUCACUCCAUUAUUCCAACGUUAAAUGUGCUGAAAUAUUUAUCGAAUGUUACAUCAGCUGCACCAAAGCUACCAGGUGGACCUGGUGAAAUUGCCGAGGAAGAUACUGGACCAGUAACUCUCCUAGAUAAGAAGUGUCUGAACUUAUUCAUUCAGUGGCAGAACAAGGACGCCAUGUGUUGGCUUGAUGUGGUAAUGAUAGUACUUUGUAACAGUGUGACUAUCCAGAAACUUUUCACAGAUGAGAAGUCGGCAGAGUCAGUAAAGGACAGUGUAUUGACAACUCUGCUUAAGGCUUACUACCAAGCUCAAACUCUCAUGCAAAAACUCACGGCAAAAGAACAGGAAGAUCACAAGGAAGCAGUUGCAGAAUGUUUGGCCAAAGAAGCACAAGCAGAAUCGGCCAAGGCUGAAACUGUUCGAGUUGAUGAAAGUGCCAGCUCCACAUUUGUUCAGAAUGGAGAGAGCCUCAAACUUGACAAUACAGUGGAACCUAACACUGAAGCACCUACUGUCAAAAGUACACCCCCUGAUGCUCAAUUAACUGGUGAAGGUCAACAAACUCAAUCUGAAACAACCACCCGAGUAAGCAGAAUCUCAGUAAAGACUUUAACUGAAUAUUCCAAAGCCAUGGAUAUAUUGGACAACAUAAGGGAGAAAAUCUGGGACGUUCUGCAGCCCAGAUUGCAGUGUGAAAGAGGCAAGAAUGACAGUCCGCUUUUUGCCUUGCCUUUGCUUGUGAGAGAGCCAGCAGUGCUGAAGGAGAAGUUCAAGAUCAAAUUCAAGUACACCUUCACCUGUGAUCAGUGCUCCUAUCACCAAGAUGAUGACCAUUCCAAGAUACUGCCCUCCUUCCCACAGGUGCCUGCAGAUUUCAACAUGAAGGAACCAUGCUUUGUGAGAAACUGCUUCCAGUGCAAUGCCCCUGGGAAAAGGAUGAAAAUGACCUUCAAGAGCGUCCCAGAUGUACUGCUGCUGCACUUCAAAGAAGGGCUGCCUCACAGUGGCUUUGACCAGCUGGGCUUUGUGUUUGGAACCGAUGUUUACACAGUGACUGCUGUCAUACAGUACAAGAACAACCCUGAUCACUUUGUGGCCUGGAUCCGGAAUGGAACAGGCAAUCAGUGGAUGGAGUGCGAUGACCUAAAGUCCACACUGUGCCAGUAUACCACAGAGUUGCCAGCUAUUCCACCCAAUCAAGUCCACAUCAUUAUGUGGGAGAAGAAUGUUCCUUCUCACAAUGCUGCCAGAGAUCUGGUAGAGACCCCUAUGGCCAAUGUUCUGCAGUCAUGUCUUCGUAUCAUACAGCCAGACUUUCUGUCAUCAAGUAACGUGGUGCUGUCAGCAAAAGAACUAUUAGCUCGUGGUUUGAAACGUAAGGCAGAGGUUGCAGGCCAAAAUACUGUGAAGUAUAUCCUGUCCCAAAGCACAGGACGUAGUCUGCCAGGAAUUCUGACUCUUCCCGCUGGUUCCAGUUCAGGUGGUGUGCAGACAAUGAAGAUAGUGUCCCUCCCACCUACUAGUUUAGCGCCAGGAGUUAAUCCUAGUGUGGCUGGACUUAAGGCUGUUGCUACAACACCUUCACAGCUUCUGACUAGUGGCCAGAUUUUACAAGCAGCUGCAACUUCAGUAAAACCAAUAAUCUUGCAAAGUAAAACCAGACCAACCAUUCUGUCCAGCACAUCCUCUGCGGUGUCUAAUGCACCUGGGGUAUACCAAAUUCUGCAGAAGAGUCAACUGACAUCCUCCCCUACUUCCAGUCAGACCUCACUGCCGACAAUGAUGAAGGUGGUACAGAGUGGAAAUAAGCUUGUGUGCCUUCCAGCUGAGAAACAUUCUGAUAUUCAAGGCACGACAGUUGUGAAUGAAAAACAGUUGGCCCCAGGUUCAAUCAUUGUAGGGAACCAGCGAUUAAUUCUGCCUCAAACUCAGAAUGUAACAGGAAAACAACCAUCUCCACUGACUGCCAGUACCAGUACUCAACCCAACUUGCAAUAUAUUCAGCUAGAUAAGUCCCAUUCACUUGUGCCAAGUUCAGCCAGUGGUGGCAGCAUACAUGGAACUUCUGCCCAGACUGGCAAGCUGCCAGUCAUCUCGGCAUUGAAAGAUGGACAAGGUACUACUACCCUUCUUGCUCAACAGGUAGGUGGUAUGGCCAAGACCUAUACUGUAGGAGCAGAUGGUAUCCUUCAAGAGGUAGACAAGGAUGCUGUUGGUAAUGAAUCCUCUCCGGUCAAGAAACAAAGAGUAACUGUACUUAAAGGAUCUCUAGCAUCAACUCCAAGCACUUCUGGGCCCAAAAUCAUAGUUAAAAAGAAGACUGAGAGUGGGGAAAUAGUGGAAAGUAUUGUGACUGAUCUGGACCAGCAACAGAGUAGUGACUUCAUGAAAGCAAUAGAAGCAUUGAAGAGUGGUGACACACAAGCUGGGACUCUCAUCCAGCAGCUUAUAAAGAGGAAGAUGACCAACCAACCACAAUCUUUUAGCCCAGUGGUAUCUGAUGAAAGCCAAUCUUCAACAGACACUGGAACAAUGAAGAUAAUCAAUGUUAAACCAGCAACACAAGCCAUAGGGCCACAGACUGUGCAGAUUCCCGGAGGUAAUAUCAUCAAGAAGUAUGUUAAGGUUGGUGAUAAUACCAUUCAGGUGAAGAGUCCAGACAUGUUGCCUGUCAUAGAGAGAGGAAGAGGACGUGGAAGAGGGAGAGGAGCCAGAAAACAGAAAGAUCCUCCCCGACCUGGACCAACCAUAAAUAAUCAGACUUCUGCUGAGUCACCAAUAGACCUCACAUCUUUACAAAGUAGUCCAGAGGCAAUGAGAGCUGUAUCAUCAGAACCGCAACAUAUUGUCAUUGCAUCACCAGGACAGACUGUUCAUUCAGGAAUAAAAUUAAUAGGCAGCCCAACCUCCCAAGGAAAUAUAACUGCUUCUAAAGUGAUCAAACUCUUGUCAGGGUCUUCAAAAGAUAGUCAGCUUAUUGGACAGUUGGCAGUGAACCCAGCUACAGUUAGCGCUGCUUCUUUGGUAUCGGGAAGACCGAUUCUGCCUCAAGGACAAACAGUAACCACUUAUGCUGGCACGUCUUUGAUGUCUGGACAAAAGUUAAUACCUCAGUCAGUUGUCACAUCCAUGGGCUCAGUGGCUUCUUUGAUAUCUGGUCAGAAACUAAUUCCCCAAGUGUCAACAUUGGGUACAGCCUCUGGGUCAGUUUUAGUGUCUGGACAACAGGUUAUACCUCAGGUACAGACAGUGACAUCACCUGCUCCUGUUGCUUCUCUUGUGUCUGGCCAGAAACUAUUAUCCAAGUUACAGACAGUGACAGGUACUGCUGGAAAGAAGGUGACAACACUCUUGGCAAGUCAUGUAAAUCCUGAACACAAAGCUACCCCAGUGAAGAAGGGAGUGCAAGACAAAAGGAAACCUGUGCUGUCUCCAGAAAAGUCAAGUCCAGUGAAAUUUUACUUUCCUUCUGGUAAACCUAUACCUUCAAGCCAGUCACCUGUAGGUACCAUAUCACAAGCAUCUCAGCCUAUGGCCUCCAGUUCAGCCCCUCAGUGUAUAUCUCUAAGUACAACAGGGGCAAUGCUUACACCACACAAAACUAUAUCAGUUGUUCCAAAUACCCCGUCUUUGCAGCCAGUUACAUCAUUAAUAAAUCAGCGUCCACAACAGCGAACUGAAUCUCAGAUCUCCAAAGGCAGCCUGUCCUCUCCAACAUCUCCUUCAGCAGGAGGAGCAUCAAGCUUGUCCCCAAGAUCAAGUGUUGAUGCAGGUCAGUCCCCUGGAGGGUUUUCACCUGUUGCAGAUGUUGAGCUGCUCUCAGACUCUGAUGGGUCCCCAUCUCCAACUAAAACUCCUACUCGUGGUCCUGUUAUCUCAGUGCGGGGAGCACAAGGUGAUGCUGCAUUACUUGCCAAAGCUAUUCAAGAUUUAAUGAAACAAGGCGUAACUAUUCAACAAAUACAAACACCAGGGUUUCUUUCAAAGCUGCUAACCACAAUGAAAUCUUCAGUUCAUACUGCAUCUGCUCCAGAGGGAACUACUGCAAAGAGUCUUAUUCAAACAUCACACGUAACAAAGAAACCAGUUCCAGCUGUUGCUAAGUCUCAGAAACCAAAGGCAGUUGUAAAAUCCCCAUCACAUACAGUAACAAACAAGGCUGCAGAUUCUCAGGAAGUGUUGCCAAAACUUGCCAUGGGUAAUAUGCCUGCCACAGAGUUAAGAAGUCCAGGUUCAUCAUCAGUUGAAGCACUGUCACCACCUAAACCAUUAUCCUUUUCGGAAGAAUCAUCGAGUGAUUCUGAUUUAACUACUGCCAAGUCAGCAGUCAUUGUGAAACCCGGACAAUCAUACCUAGCUGCAGUGAAACCAUUCUUGAAACUGAAACCUACUGAACCCGUUAACCAGUCUGUAUUUGAUGGAUACAAAUUAAAGUCAGGGACAGUAAUUAGUACACAAUCAAAACCUGUGAGCGGGUUUACCACCAUAGACAUGCAGAGAGAUCAAGUGCAAGGCAAGGAUGGCAGUGCAGACACAAAGUCCACCCCUGUAAUUACUCCUGUCCCAGUAGUUGCCUCUUCAGCUGCCAGUCAAAUUAUUUCAACAUCUGCCACUAGUCAGGACUCUUUGAAGGCAGCAGAACCUUCACAGCCAAGUCAAACAGUCACAUCUCCUGAAUUUGACACAGGAAAAGCAGUGAAAACAGCAGCCAAAUCCAGCAAAGUCAUCAAGACUAUUACCCCAAUAAAAAUGCAACCCAUGCCAUCUCCUGAAAUAAAGGCAGCUGUAAAAAGGUCUAUAGUCAAAACUGAUGCUUUGCCUGCAAAGGUUACAAAAGGACCUUCAGAGUUGAUGGUAGUUGAAAUUCCUACACCUGGUAAGAGCAAGAAGUCUAAUCCACUGGAUCUGAUUGCUGAUGCUGCAAUAUCCAGACUAACUGUUCAGAAGGACUCUGAUGUUGAACCACUCCCUGAGAUUUCCAUGCCACCAAAAGGACGAGGCAGAGGUCGUGGAAGACCACCCAAAAAUGUUGCACGUAAUGAGAGCAUGGAGACAAGCUUGGAUCUUGCUGCAAAAAAUCCGGAACCAGAAACUAGCAAGAAGGUUCAAGAGCUUUCAGGACCAAUAAAAAAGGCAGCAGGGCAUAAAAGGAGCUUCAUGGAUGCUUUUGACCUUCCUGUUGUGACAGAUGUUUUGGCUGAUGCAAUUCCGGUUUCUUCUGUAUCCACAGCUGUCCAAGGAGCCAUACUGGACGCUGUUGUGGGUGAUGUACAAUCUACUGCAGAAACACCUCCUCUAAACAAUGGGAAACCCAUAGGAAAACACAAUCCAGGUUCAAUUGAUAUUGUUGCACUUCCUGAAACACCCAGAAGUAGAGGUCGGCCACGCAAGCAAGCAACAGUGCCAUACGACACAGUAACACCGAAGCCACCUGCAGGAAGAGGUAGAUCUCCACAGCUGUCACCUUCUGCAGUAAAAGCUCCAAGACUGUCAACUGAUACCUCAACUGCAACAGAUGUUCCUAAUCGGAUGUCACGAAGACAGUCAUCAGAGGAAGCAGUAAAAUUGGACUCUCCAGAAACUAAACCUAGAAGACGUCCACGGAAACAGUCUGCAGAAACUCGUGAUAAAACUCCUGCUGAGUCUCCGACAGAAUCCAAAACUGUUGGCAAAAUUAGAAGACAGUCAUCUGAAGCAAGCAAAGAAGUGGUUCAAACACUCAAAGAGAGUCGAGGGAGAGGGAGGCGCACUAAUACACCCCAAGCUAAAGGUAGUGCUAGGAAACAGUCUCUAUCGCCAUCUGCCAGAGCUGACAAAACAGCAGUAAAACCAGCAGCUGAAGAUGGACACACAAACUUACCUGAAAAUAACUCAAAAUUGAAACCCACUGAUGCCAAGCCCACCUCAGAGAUACUUGUAGUUUCAGAGGUUAAGUACAUUGGCAAGUACAAGAUCCUUCCAAUUGAGAGACCCAAUACAAGGCGGUUUAGAAACCCUGUUAAGACAGAAGAACCAAACCAGACAGAGAAAGAGGAUAACAUUACACCUGCAAAGAAAGAUUCUGAAAAGCCUAUUAAACGACGAGGACGACCACCAAGCAAUCCAGCAAAGAGAGCUAAGAAAGAAUAGAAACAAGAUCCGUCUGUCCCUGGUGAAAUAAUAGUUAAUUCCACUAAAGAGAUAGGACCAGAUUGAAAGUCUGAAAUGAUUGGGGAUGUCUUUUCAAGUGCUACAGACAAUUUUGCACCGAAACAGAUGUUUUCAAAAUCUUGUGGAUAGGAAUCCUUUAGCAUGUUCAGUGUCAAGCAAUAGAGAGUGGUAGUGGAACUGGUGCAGCUGUACAUGCUGCAAAUAGUGUCGGUGGUGACAUCCUAUUAUCUGUAUCGUCUGAUACUGUACAUAUGUAUGUGAAACAUGGAAGGUGUAUCUUGUAUUAUAUGUCAUUCAUCAUGUAGUAUGUCAUCUGUACCACUGUGCAUGUCGUUACAACUGGAGCAUCUGGCAUUGGUAUUUUACAAAAUGUCAAUAAUGACUCAAAUUGAAAUCACACAAGACAGUAAUGUGAACAUAUUAACUGUGACAAUAAGGUGAUUGUUCAUACUUUCAUUCAGGAUUAUGGAAUGGGAAAAUCCUCAGACAAUCCUGAAGAUGUGAAGAAUGUUUGUGUGAUUGCAUGAACAAUUCAGUGCAUACUGAUCAUUAUGUAAAACUUUGCAGUUCAUUGUUGCAUGUUAGCAUCUAAUCAUUCCAGGAAAUGUAUCAGUUGGCUUUAAAUACAUCUUGUAGUAUGACAUGGGUGUUGAUAUUGUCCAGAACCAGGAGAAUGUUUAAAAUGAUGUGUUCUUGAUGCACAAAAUAUAGCACGUCCUGAACAUUAAUAAUUUUAUUGAUAUGCAGUUUUAUUUGUCGUUUUGUUUAGUAUUUUCCUUUAGUACAUGUUAAUGUGUAUAAUCAGUUACAAGCUGACUCACUCUAUUGUGCUGCAUAUGGUGCUUCAAGUGAUUUUCAAGCAAUUCUUAAGACACUGUAAAGAUAGAGCUCGUGAAUGUUUUACAUACUGGAACAUUGUACAUCAAGAGUAAAUACACACCUUCAGUCACAGCUCUUUAUGUGCCGGAAAAUACACGACAUGCAUGAGUAAGCUGUGUAUAGUAGUUAAGUUGGAAUGCUCCGUGGGAAGAGAUUUUGUAAAUACAACUUAACAGUGGCAUUAUGAAUUUAUAUUUUUGUUCUGUUAAAUGUUCAAAAUGUUUAUAAAUAUGAUUUAAGAAAGAAA